AUGAUCUCUCAGGCCCGCCUCGCCCGUAAGCUCUCAUGCCGUUCACCACCCCUCGAACCCUCAAGCCUCCCUCUCGGCAUCGACACCGUCCUCUCCUCCUUGCGCGCAGACCGUGAACAGCGCACGCCAGACCAUGUCGCCGCCCGCUUCGCCGCUCUCAACGCGUACACCUUCCGUAUCUCCCUCCUGGGCACGACGAACCUCGUCACCGCCGACCCGCGCAAUAUCCAAGCCAUCCUUGCCACGCAGUUCUCUGACUUUGGGAUGGGCCUGGCUCGGAGUACGAAUCUCAAGACGGUGCUCGGACGGAGCAUCUUCGCCGCGGACGGCGCAGCGUGGCGGGCCGCAAGAGAGAUGAUGAGGCCGUUGUUCAGUCGCGACAAUGUCUCGAGACUGGAACUGCUAGAGGCGCAUGUCCAGACCCUGUUUCUCUGCAUCGAGAAGGAGACUACCACUGCACCGGAGGGGCGCUGGUCUGGUGCCGUUAGCCUGGCUUCCCUGUUCCCGUCUCUCACUCUCGACUCCGCGACAGAGUUAUUCCUGGGCCAGAGCACAUCCACUCUCGAAGCGCGCCUACGAAAUGACAGCUCCCAUCUAGGAACGGCAUUCAACCACGCGUUCGAGCGCAUGCUCACCAUCCUCGGCACUCGCAUGCGUCUCCGCAGCUUGUAUUGGCUUUAUGGUACCAAGGAGCUGCAAUCUUGCGUCAAAAUCCUGCACGCCUUUGUCGACAACGCUAUCGCCGCCUCCGACCGAGCGAGAGCCCAAGGCUCUUCCCUGGCACAAUAUGACUUCCUCGAUGUCCUGCGCGAACGCUGUGCCGGCGGUGACGAAGAGGUCAGGGAACAAGUCCUCGGACUCCUCGCUGCUGGCCGGGACACGACUGCCUCGCUGAUGGGCUGGGCAUGGUACUGUCUCCUCCGGAACCCGCGUGUAUUCUCCAAACUCCGCUCUGAAAUUAUCUCUACGUUUGGGGUCGACUCACCAGAUCCGUCAAGCACAAUAUCGUUUGCGUCAUUAAAGCAGUGCACAUACCUCCAACACGUUCUCUCCGAGACACUGCGCGUGCACUCCGUGGUGCCCUUCAACUCCCGCCGUGCCUUGUGCGACACUACGCUCCCUGCAGGCGGCGGCCCUGACGGGGAGAGUCCCGUCUUCGUGCCUAAGGGGACGGAAGUCAACUUCAGUACACACGUCUUGCAUCGGCGGGCGGAUAUUUGGGGCGAAGACGCGGACGAGUUUAUACCAGAGCGGUGGGAGAGGAAGAGGGGUGCGGCAGGCGCAGCGUGGCAUUUUGUGCCGUUUAAUGGUGGGCCGAGGAUAUGCAUUGGGCAGCAGCUGGCGUUGACAGAGGCUGGCGGUAUGAUGCUGUGGAAGGUUUGGAUAUCGAUCCGAGCCGAGAUUGGCAUAACUUUACUGUGGUAUCCAGCCCAGGGAGCCCAGUUGAUCGGAAUGAGGCGGUUCUGUGUCGCUUGA